CGGGAUUUGGGGUCAUGGCAUUCACGCACUUCUCCCACCUGUCGCAAAACCCAACCUACAGUAGUUCAACUCGUCCGAUUUGGCAGGCGACAAGAAUCAACCCAACAAUAUCUGCCCAUCUGGAGAAUGCCGUCGACUGAGGGACUUCCCAAGCCCCCGCGCGUGACUGGCGGCUGUCUCUGUGGGUCUGUCCGCUACCGCGUGGACUUUCCCCAUGACUUUGACUUCGUCAAGAACACGGGCACCUGUCAAUGCACCCAGUGCCGUCGCAACUCAGGCUCGAUCUUCUGGUCCUGCAUCCAGGUCCCCAAGGCGUGCCUGAGGUGGGCCACCGUGAAAGACGCGACCUCAACUGCGAGCAAGGACGGAAGUUGGUCGUCAUUUGAGAGUCCGCCGUCUGCACUGCGGUUGUACUCGGCCACCACCGGGGUCGGACGCGGUUUCUGCGCAAACUGCGGUGGCUUCCUUACUUGGAUGAGACACGAGGGCUCCAUGGUCGAUAUCUCUGCGGGAACCAUCGACCCGCUGUAUUUGAUCGGCCCCGAUGAUGACCUCGAGGUGGGAAAAACGGACGUUGAGGGCCAGGAGGUUCCCAAGGGAGGCUAUGGGGCCGUUCUUGCGGGUGGUCAUGGUAGAAACCUUUGGUGUCGCAAUGAGAUCAAAGGCGUCACUGAUGGACUUCCGGCAGUGGGUGUUGGUCGAGGAGAGAGGUUUUCCCAAGAUGGCUAAUAGACUUGUACCUGGCAGCUCAAAAUACUGGUAAUCUGCUCUAGUCUGGAAAUCUCAGUUACCUUUGGUCUGAUUUAA